UCUUCAUUUGCUUCAAGAAACGAUGGCAGUUGGACUCUUUCUAAUAUUUGGGUUUAUUAAAGCAGUAAUUGGAGAAGAGGAAGGUUUUAUUGUCGGGGGUGAUGUUGUUGAGACAAUAAAAGAAUUCCCUCAUGUCGCUUUUUUGACGUUAACGGGAACAGAUGGGAGUUACAUUUGUGGGUCAUCUAUACUGAACCAAGUACUAUUGGUGACUGCCGCGCACUGUUUGGAUGAUAUUCAUAAAAUUACAGCGUCUGUUGGGAGUCUUAAUAGAGAUAAGGGAGCCCUAUACAAAGUCAAGAACUUCGAGCAGCACAAACAAUGGGAUCCAGUACAAGUCACUCAUGACAUAGGUCUAUGUAGACUAACAAAGCCAUUAACAUUGGGAAAUAAGGUGAAGAGAGUGGUGCUAAUGAAACAUCCGCCAAAAACUCACAUGGCUGACUUGGCUGGGUGGGGCGCAAUCGAAGAGCAGGACUACGAUAACUCGAUAAUGCUCAAACACACGAGACAGAAACUGUGGUCCCAUCAGCAGUGUAAAAAGAUCCUCCACAAUGCGCCCAGAGGAACCAUUUGCGGUGGCCAAAGUCAGGCCAAAGCAAAUUUCGCUUCUAAGGGAGACUCCGGCAGCGGCCUCCUAGUACACAAGGACAUAAUAGUAGGCCUCGUCUCCUACAAGGACACCAGCAUCUCCCGCAGCCUGGUCGUCUACACGAGCGUCCCGUAUUACUACGAUUGGGUUAAGCGCGUAUCAAAACAAUUGAAUUGCUCUUAAUAAAUAAAAACUC